AGUUCGACUAUUCGAAGGUUGGCUCAGAUCUGCUCUCACUCUGCGUUCGUAUUGCCCUCUCACUCAAAGCUGCCGUAUCCACCCAGUCGGCCUAGUCACUUGUUUUCUGCGUCACCUGUACCAGACUCUAGUCCUCAUAAGGGAAGGACCUACUAGUGCGAGCCUGACAAUCCAGACGUGCCCAAAUCUCUCUUUGACCAGGAGCGAGUCCUCUCACCGCCGCCGCCAUGUCGAAACGUCGGGUGACAUACUAUUACGAUUCUGACGUGGGGGCGUACACCUAUGGCUACGGGCACCUAAUGAAGCCUCAACGAAUGCGUAUCACCCAUGAGCUUGUCUCUGCAUAUGGCAUGCUGGACAAGAUGCACAUCCUACGAGCCAAACGCGCAUCCGCGGAGACCAUGACCCGCUUCCACACCGACGAGUACAUUGAGUUCCUCUCAAAAGUGACGCCGGAAAACGUGGAGGAGCUCAUUUCCCAACGUUCUCGAUUCCUCGUGCUUGGUGACGACAACCCCGCGUUCGAGGGCAUCUUCGAGUUUUGUUCUAUAUCUGCUGGCGGGUCAAUAGCUGCGGCCGAACGUCUUGCAAGUGGCGCGACCGACAUCGCCAUUAACUGGGCCGGCGGGCUACAUCACGCCAAGAAGCGCGAAGCCUCAGGGUUCUGCUUCAUCAACGAUAUUGUCCUCUGCAUCCUCGAACUACUGCGCUCCGUUCCUCGAGUUCUCUACAUCGACAUCGACUGCCACCACGGGGACGGCGUCGAAGAGGCAUUCUACACCACCAACCGCGUCAUGACGUGCUCGUUCCACAAGUACGGCGAGUUCUUCCCUGGGACGGGGACGUUGCAGGACAGGGGUCGAGGAAAGGGAAAGGGCUACGCGGUGAACGUCCCACUGAAGGACGGUGUCACAGACGAGUCGUUCAAGAGCAUCUUUGAGCCCGUAAUAGACAAGAUUCUUGCCGUCUUCCAACCAUCCGCUAUUGUCUUGCAAUGCGGCGCAGACUCACUCGCAGGCGACCGGCUCGGGUGCCUCAACCUCACCAUGGAGGGCCAUGCGAACUGCAUCAAGUACGUGCGCGCGCGCAACAUCCCGCUCGUCCUCCUCGGCGGCGGCGGGUACACAGUGAAGAAUGUCGUGCGUGCAUGGACGUACGAAACGGCAUGUGCGCUGGGCAUUGAGCGCGAGAUUGACCCGAACUUGCCGUGGAACGAAUACUUCGAGUGGUUCGGUCCGAGGUACAGGCUGGAGGUCUUGCCGAACAAUAUGGAGGAUAUGAAUGUGAAGGAUGGGUCGCUGGAUGAAGUCCGGAGAAGAGUACUCGAGCAACUGAGCGAGUUGCAGCCUGCGCCCUCUGUGGGUAUGCAGGAUGUACCAAAAGAAAGCCUCGGAGAACACCUUGGCUUCGGGAAUGCGAACAGUGAAGAGCCUAUGGACGAGCUCGACGAGCGAGUUGCGCAACAUACGCGUUUCGUAUAUGGUCUGCAAGAGGCGGUUGCCUCGGACAACGAGUCAGACGAAGACGAUGCCGACUCACUCUCAGACGACUCGAGCGCCGGCCGCCGACAUCGUUCGUCAAGACACCGCUCUCGGCGGCGAACACGCAAGCGCAUGAGCAUCCUCACAAACCGCUACUACGACGUGCCACGGACAGACGAGCACGGCGAAGAGGCGCUACCAGACCUUUGUGGCGGCGCGUACACGAACGGGAAUGGGAACGGAGCCGGGCAGAAACGUGCGGGCCGCCGGAAGUUCUUCCAGAGCGCAGCGCGGUGGGACCCAGUGGCGGAGAAGGUUCUCGUGGAGUGGGACACGAUGCACACGCCGAGGAUUGGUGUGGCUGCCGCGAUGGCAAACCCGACGCGAGAUUGGGGAGCAAGAAAUGGGUAUUCGCGAGAUAUGGACGGUGUAGAUGGUGUAGAUGAGGACGUCGCCUACGAGGAGAUGGAUGUCGAUGAGGAGGAUGGUGAAGAUGAGGGCACAUGAAGUGAUGUCAUGAACAUUCCGGCAGUAGUGUACCGUACGUAUCGUUAUUCCGUCAUGUAAUGUGUCUUGUGCUGUCCGGAUGUUUUGAUGCUAUUCU